GAAAAAGCAGGUGAACACAGGGCAACAGCUGCAAUCUCUAGGUUUCUAAAGAUCUUCAGACGUUUUAGACUCACCCAACGAUCAAGAUGGCGGCUCAACAUUCAAUGAAAAAACUGAGACUUGUCGGGCCGCUCGAGAAACAUGCUACCGCGCGUCAUGCUCUCGGAUUUUAUAACAAUCUUGGUGUUACAGGAGUUUACUCGGCUUCCGCCGACUCCUUGACCUCACAAAGCCAAUUCCGACGUCUCAUUUACGACGCUGUGGCUCAAGUGAUAGCGAUGCAUCCUAGUUUGAGUGCCGUGCCCUUAGAUGAAGACACGAAAUCGCCAUAUUUUGUGCGCCUACCCAGCAUCGACCUCACUCGAGCUGUCACCUUUCUCACGCGAAAGAAGCCUUGGACAUCCGAGAGCCAAGAGCAUGACGCAGAACUUGAUGAGCUACUUGAGCGGCAACAUAAUCUCAAUUUCAAAGAGAGUCUAGGCGAGAUCCCGUUUUGGCGUCUGUUGAUCAUUGAAUCGAAAGACGAUCACAGCUGCUUUGUGGCUGCCUUCAUUGUUCACCAUGCCCUCGGAGAUGGAGCUUCGGCGCUUGCGUUUCAUCGGUCAUUCCUCUCGGCACUGUCUACUGUCUCGCAUACUAUGGCAACGAGCGAAGAGAGUGAGGCUGUAACUCGAAUUGUGCCCCCUGAUGUUCCACUCCUUCCCAACCUAGAAGCUCUUCAUCCAUUGAAGUUGACGAUACCAUUCAUAGCCCGGGCACUGUGGGGUCAAUGGUUUCCAGCAAAGUCCCGGGGUUUGUGGGCAGGACGAGCCGUCAGCGACGAUCCCUCAGUCCGUACGACUCGGAUGUCUACCUUGAGAUUCUCCCGAAGCAUCACCAAUGGGCUCCUGGCCGCAUCUCGAGCUCAUUCCACCACCCUCACUGCCACGAUCGAAGUGGCCAUUGCACUCGCUCUAUUUGCACAUCUCGAUGCCAACGAGUAUUCGACCCUACGCGGGAACGGCACAGUCGGACUCAGAAGGUUGCUUCCACCGGAUGUGAUUGAUGACGACUCGAUGGGCACAUUUGUUUCCCGAUAUGUGCAAGACCACCACCGGCCGACAGGCUUGACCGGCAAAGGAGCAAAGAACGAGAAUCUCAUAGACUAUUUCUCCUGGGACGAAUCGCGCAGCGUCAAGGCGACUAUUGCAUCAGAGCUGGCGAAAAAUGGAACCAAUGUUGAGAUCGCUCUGUUGCGCUGGGUCAGUGACUUCCACCAGUUUUUCAACGGAUGCAUUGGACAAGCGAGAGAGACAGGCUUCGAAGUUUCGAAUCUCGGAAUAAUGAAGCUACAACAAAAAGGCGCGGAUAAUCAAAGCCACCCUUCUCCCUGGACACUUGGACGAGUCGUCUUUAGCCAAAGCGCUGGUGUCACCGGUGCUGCCGUGCAGACAUCACUUGUGACUGGCAUUGACGGAGAACUCAACAUUGCAGUGACUUGGUUGGAGGGCAUCGUAGACGGUCAGUGGAUCGCCGAUGUGUUAAGGAGUCUGGAGAGAUUAUUACAGGACCUAGCAAAGUCAUAGAGACGCCGGGUGUUCUAUUAUUGCGAAGAGAAUCAUGUGAGUAAUGUCUAAAAACCACUUUGACAGACACAGCACUUGAUUAGAUGUGGUUGGUUACAGAACAGGUGGUAGACUUAUUGCCAAAUACGUGCAAAUAGAAAAU